GCUUGCAUGCAGACGCACAAGGAGGGAACGCCACCGACAUUGUUCGACAAGCUGCAAAGAGUUGGAUUUUUUUUUGCAUCUGUGGCUGCCACUUUAAUUGCAUUACGAGUUUCAGACGAAUAGUGUACAAUCGCUGCACAGUAAAUAAUCUUCUCGGACAGUUCUGCUAAGGAAAAGGGUGGGACGUAUUCAGCGGCAGCAGAAGUUAAAACGAGUUGUACAUGCAAUCUGCGGCUAGCUCAAGGACACAUAAUUGGAGCAGAGACUUACCAUUACUGUGUGAUUAGAUCUAUCAGGUUAAUUCCAUGGGAUUGCUAAUUGAGAAUUAUAAACUGGGGAUGUAGAACAGGUGUCAUAUGUUAACGGCUACGACGCUCCUUAGUAACUUGACAAUUUGUAUUAACGUUGUAAGGAGAUUUUUUUUACCCUUUAGCCUUUCUGCAGAGUCCGGAAUUUUUUUUUUACCAUUUUCACAAGUUGGAAACAUUCUUAAAGAAAAUUUGCAAAGCAUCCGGAGGCAAUUGUUUCAAAAGUUUGCUCGGUGCUACUGACUGUCCGGGUUCCGCACAAGGCUGUUGGACUGGGAGGGGGGAGAGAGAGAGAGCGAGCAGGGUAACAGCUCAUUGGAUUAUCCGCCUGGCAACGUAAGGGGGCGGGCGGGCCGCUUAUCUGAAGCAAGCUGCCUGUUGCUGGCGGUAAAGGAAUAGAAUGCGAGAAGGAAGCAACAUCAGCUGGGAGACGUGCAAAUGAAACUCCAGCCUCUUUUCGGCUCCUCUACAAGCAGCAUCCACGAUGGGAGACGGACUCUCCUCUAUGGAUUGUCAUAAUAAUAAGACAACUGCCAUAAUAUUUGUCAAUUCUGCAAACGGGGUAAGUCCAAACCUACCUCAUCAGCAAGACUUCUCUGAACAGUGGGUGAUAGGCAUGGGCACAGUCAUGGCAGUCAUCGUCCUGAUCAUAGUGCUGGGCAACCUGCUGGUGGUGUAUGCCAUCGCUAAGAACCAGCGGCUCCAGACCCUAACCAAUGUUUUCAUUGUAUCUCUGGCCUGUGCAGAUCUGAUUAUGGGUCUCCUAGUGGUCCCACUCGGCGCGACAAUUGUGGUGCGAGGUAAAUGGCUGUACGGCUCGGUUUUCUGCGAAAUGUGGACUUCUGUUGACGUGCUGUGUGUGACAGCCAGCAUUGGGACACUGUGUGUGAUCGCCAUAGACCGUUACAUCGCCAUAAUCUCGCCCUUCCGUUACCAGAGUUUGCUGACCAAAAGCAGGGCGCGGGUGAUCGUGUGCGUGGUCUGGGCCAUUUCUGCUCUCAUCUCCUUGCUCCCCAUCAUGAUGCGGUGGUGGCGAGAUGACGGCCCCGAAGCCAUUCGCUGUUACAAUGACCCAUGCUGCUGUGACUUCGUAACCAAUAAAGCCUACGCGGUUGCCUCGUCCAUUAUUUCUUUCUAUUUGCCCCUGCUGAUCAUGAUCUUCGUCUAUGCUCGCGUCUUUCAAGAAGCCAAGAAGCAGAUGAAGAAGAUCGACAAGUGCGAGGGAAGGUUUUACACCAACCACUUCAUCCCAAACGGCAGGGCAGGCCGAAGGAGACCUUCCAGGAUUAUAGCCAUCAGGGAUCACAAGGCUUUAAAGACCUUGGGGAUUAUUAUGGGGACGUUUACCCUUUGCUGGUUGCCAUUCUUUGUGGCGAAUGUGGUGAAGGCGUUCCGCCCUGACAUAGUCCCUGGCAAACUCUUUGUGUUUCUUAACUGGCUCGGCUAUGUCAAUUCGGCUUUCAAUCCCAUCAUUUACUGCAAGAGUCCCGACUUCAGAGCGGCCUUUAAAAAGUUACUUUUCUGCCCCAGCGCCGCGGACAACAGACUGUAUUCGGGCUCUGGGGAAUUGUCCCGCUGCUCGGGAAUGUUUGGCAAUACGCUGGAUCCCAGCAAUCUAGAGAAUUGGACAGAGUGGGGCAGGACGCAGGAAAGCAACGGGGCCGAUGUGAACUCUCUAAAGGACAAUCUCCGUCAGGAAGAUGAAGAGUCACAGUUCUAGUAGCCCCAACCGGAAAUCCGCACCGAGAGCCGGCUGUGAGGUUAAAGCAGGUUCGAAGGACGAGAAGCCACAUGGCUGAACAGGUGUCAUCUGCUGUCUACUUCUGUACGUGUCAAAUCAUUGUAAAAACCACCAAGCCUUCGCGGCAAGACUUCUCCAUAAGCGUUCGCCUCUGGUAAUAUUGGAGAAGACUACUUCGUAUCAACACUAAGAUUCGGACCAGAGUAGAGAAUCCAGCAUUCUCAGGCUGGGCAGGCACUGGUGGUGAUUGGGAUAAUCUGGGCAGUAAAGGAAUGAACUGUGAGGCUGAGUUACUUUGCAGUUAAAAUGGUUUUGCUCUGUUUACAUUGCAUUCCACAAGUGAAGAGAUUUCCGAUAACGCAGAACGUGGGGCCCCUGGAUUUCCACUUCGAUUGCCUUAAUAUAGAUGGUCGUGGCACUUAGGCGAGAAAUAAUACUGUACUUUUAUUGUGAUAUUCUUACUUAAACACUUUAUAAUACGUGUAACGGAACAACCAUGAUUUUGGGGGAAAACACUUGACCACAGUGGCUAUACUUAUUAAAGAGACUUAAAAGAUGUUUUUAAAGAACCAUUCAUUAUCUUGCAGUACUCUAUGAUCCCCCCCCCCCGCCCCCCCAACCUCGUGCUGUGUGAGCUUUGGAAUUAUCGAUGUACAAGAAUGGAUGCUACAAAAUUCAUGGUGAACUAACCUGCAGUCUCAGUGGACAGUGCUGCCUGCAAGAAGACGAAUCUCAAAAUUGUAUAUAUACUUUGAUAAUAAAUGUACUUUGAACUUUUAACAGUACUCAAGAUGGAUGAAGAUGUGACUGUUACUUAUUUAAUACAAGUUAAAUUCUACGGAGGACCAACUUAACCUACAUGCAGUCCCGGGGAGUUGGUAUUUUUCGAAUAUGGACAUUAUCUAUAUAAGUUUAUUAAUAUACUAACGUUAGUAAAGUUAUGGUAAAAAUCUCCCGCUAGAUUUUCGGAAACAAGGUAUUGGUUUCGGUGAGGAAAACAGGGAAAAUCGUAGUUUUAUUUUGCACUGUAGCAUUUGCCAAGAAAGUUAUGAAAUUCACGUGCCGUCGGGUAUAACAUACUUGUCACAACGUCUGCUUUCUCCGCAAAUAUUUAUAUGUAGUACCUUUUAAAUGUGUGGCUAUUUGGUAUA